AUUUCCGACAACUCUGAAGGUCACACUCGGCAGUAGUCGCUCCAUUGCUGUAGUAACGACUUUGGUUUACUUCCCUGUUACCUAGCAACCGUCGCCCGUUAUACCGUUAGCGGCCAGCUAGCAUAAGCUAAAUUAAUAUUAAAACGAGAAAGCCUUAGCUUGAAGGACAAGAAACUCUUGAAAAUAUUUCAUACACGAGUACUUAAGUUGCUCGUUAUUUUUUCCUCAAUGAGCAGGUUAGAGUGCUUCGGAAGGUCCUCCACCAUUUCACAGACACAGCUGGAUGUAGAACUGACCUCUGCUGAACCUCAUAAACCUGAUGACGCAGUGGGGAAAACCACAGCCACUGAAAAACCACAAAUUCUUGCUUGUGCACAGGAUCAUUCUGUAAAGGUCUCUAUCAAGAAGACACAAAAGUCUGAGGAAGAGGUCAAAACAAAAGAGUGUGCUCCAAGGGAGUCCAUCAGCAUAAUCACAAGACAAGGACAGCCGGCUAUGGGUCCUGUUGAGGAGCUGAAAAUUAAAGACCUGAAGAAGUCACGUGCCUCAACGGACUCAACGGUAACAGGAGGAACAGCACAUGCUCCCCCACCAGCUGAACCUACUCCCAUGCAUAAGGCAGAUGGGGAGGAAGAACAGGCCGAGGAAGAGGAUGAUGAGGAAGAAGACGUUAGUGCUCCAGUGGAGCUGAUAAUGCAGUUCCUCAAAGCUCUACUGGACAAAGACUUCCAGCUGGCCACUAAACUGUGUGAGAUGAUUCUCAUCUAUGAACCAGACAAUCCUGAGGCCUUGGAGUUCCUCCCACUGAUCCGGAAGAAGAUGGUGGAAGAGCAAGAGGCAGAGGAGAGCGAUGAUGAGGAUGAAGAAGAAGAAGAAGAUGAUGAUGAUGAUGAUGAUGAUGACGACGACGAUGACGACGAUGACGAUGAUGACGAGGAAGAUGCUGAGGAGUCGUCUUAUAGCUCAAGCAGCUCCUCUUCAUCUUGCUCCUCUUCCUCAGCAUCAGAUGACGAUGAGGAUGAAAAGCCAAUGAACAGACACAAGCCUUGUCCUCCUUCUCACAUUGUUCCCUAGAACUAUCGUAGUAAACCAGCAGGGCUGAGCUAGCUACUUUAAAUGUGCUAGUAGUAUUUAACCCUAAAGAUGUAUUUAUGUUAAUACAGAAGGGUCGAUUUAUGCAUCCCUUCAUAUUUCACCUGCAAAUAAAAUAUUUAGUUUGAACAAA